AAAGACGACGAUGCACGCUGUCCGCUGGCAUGCGCAGGUUUGACCUCAGUGGCGUCUAGAGAACAGGACGGGCGGCGACGCGCAGCUCUGGCAAGCCUGGCUGGCAGACCCAAUGACGGUGUGCCUCGCAGUGGAAGAGAAGCGACGCGAUGACCGCAACUACGUCCAUCGUAAACGCUGCCCUGCUCGCCGCCGUCAUUCUGCUGCCUGUGCUCGGCCAGACGGCUCGCCAGGGGAGGCCCGUCGAUGAAUACUACGAUGAAGAGACUUACUACGAUGAAAAGGCCGCCGACGGUGCCGCAGAUUUCGGCGCGGACCUCACAUAUGCGCAGUAUGACCAGGUGACUGUUAAGGCGAGUCCGAAAAGCAGUAGCUCAUCCCCGCCUGAGACCAUAAUCCCGGCCAAGGCUGCGGUAAAGAUGCCCGCCAAGGUUCCGGCAAAGGUUCCGGCCAAGAUUCCGGCCAAGGUUCCGGCCAAGGUUCCGGCCAAGGUCCCGUCAAAGAUUUUACUCAAUGCCCCAACCAAUGUGGUCAAAGUACCCGACAAAGUACCCGACAAAGUCGCGGCCGAUGUUCCCGUCAAAGUUCCGGCCAAAGUUCGGGCCAAUGUCCCGGCUGAUGUCCUGGUCAAUGCCCCAGCCACCAAGCCGUCUACCUAUUCACCCAGCAGCAGCAUAAGCAAGCCCAGCACACGGAGCGUUCACGCCGCCAUGCAGCAGCUCCUCACUACGUCUGGCACAACGACAUCGCCCCCCGAGACGAGGGCGAAUCGGAGUGAGCCACCUGAAGUCCACGUCUUGGACGCGUGCCGUGUCCUGCGCUCCGAGGAGUGGCUGCAUCUCAGCCUCCACACGGAGUGCGUCAAGCGCGUCAGCUACCGGCGUCGGUGGCGGGGCCAGCAGCUGUUCCUUCGGCGCUUCCGCGUCGCUUCACGGACAACGGAGCUCCUUUGGGGUCGCCUGCUGCCUCUGAUGCCCGAAGAGGAUCGCCAGGACUUUCAAGGAUGCAAUAUGUCUUACGUCAGCAAGACAGCCAAGCUUUGUGAUCGCAACUUGGACAACGCAAGGGAGGCGGCCCGGAUUGUGAACGAUGACGAGUACCCCGAGAGCCCGGGUCGCGGAUGGCAGAUGGUUUGCAGACUGGUGAAGGAGUACAGAUACUGCAUGAGCGAGCUGCUGGCCGGUUGCCACAGCAUCGGUGAAGAGAUGAGCCGCGAGGUCAUGGUGAACGUGCGCGCCGAAGGGCUCAACUUCUGCCUCUCUGGCGGCGCUCGCUGUGCAGCCACUUCAUCGUGGGCUGUCGCGCUCGCACCCGUGGCGCUCUGGAACCGCGCAGCGCAGCGGCCGUGAUUACCACGAGGACUUGACGUGCCGGUCCACAAAGUUCCCGCAAGGAAGAGCGAGCUCUGUCUAGGGUGCGAUCAACGGCUCCCUUCUACGCUUUGCUGAAAGGAAGCAUGCAAAAAAAAAAAAAAAAAUAUCCAGGGCAAGACCUGCGUUCUGAGUCCCGUGUUUUUAUUUUGCGCACCUGCUUAAAUUAAAAAAAAAAAUUAUUUCAAUGUUUCGAUCGGAGAGAGGCCUUUGUCGAUAAAGAGCCGAUUUCACAGACCCAUGAGAGCUUAUGUCCUUUGGGUAUACGUUGUUGCAACGAGCAGCAUAAACAAUUCCAAUGAACAAAUCAAGAGAGGUACGUGGAUGUAGUCUCAAACGCCACAGCUUCAACGAACGCUCCAAAUAUGCAUAUUUAAAAAAUUCAUCGACGAUUACGAUAC